AUGGUUAACAAGGCUAUCAUUGCUUCUCUUCUCAUUGGCGCUGCCAUGGCUGUGCCUUAUCCUCCUUCGGCCACCGAUGGUGCUAGACAGCCUGCGCCUAAGCAUGCUUUCCCCCACAAGAAACGAGCUACUGGCGAAACUGUCAACAACUCCGUGGCCCGUUACGACAACUCCAACAUCACUGAUGGUGUUGGAGAUGGCGUGGAUUCCUACACCCUCUACCUUGGCGACGGCAGCACUGGCGCCGGCUGGCCUGACCAGAGCCGCUGGGUCUCUUUCGAGAACAUGUUCAACAACUACAAGAACAUCAUGUUCUCUUCUUGCGAGAACAUUGCCGGUCAGGCCAAUGACAGCGGCCCAGAGGUUGGUGCUAUCUGGGACGGCAUCCAAAGCGCUGCCGCAGCUACUGGAGUUGACCAUCGCUUCAUCCUGGCUGUGAUCAUGCAGGAAUCCGGCGGCUGUGUGCGCGUUCAGACUACAAACUACGGUGUCCGGAAUCCUGGCCUCAUGCAGGACCAUAAUGGGGGGGCUACGUGCAAUGAAAACGGCAACGUGCAGAACCCUUGCCCUUCUGCUACCAUCUACCAGAUGAUCAGCGAGGGAACUGCUGGAACCAACGAUGGUGACGGCCUUGCCAACUGCAUCAACGAGUCUGGCCGUAGCGAUGUGUCAGCUUUCUACCGCGCCGCUCGUAUCUACAACUCGGGCUCUAUUUCCUCCACUGGUAACCUUCAGAGCAACAUUGCUACCCACUGCUACGCCAGUGACAUUGCCAACCGUUUGACCGGUUGGGUCAACGCUCCCAGCGCCUGUACUUGUGACAGCAACCCCUCCAGCUGUGGCGUUGUUCUGUUUUAA